AUGAACCUGGACAACUUCUUUCAACAAAUUCUCGAAACUGAGCAGCAACUGUGCGAGAGAACCAAGAAAACCCGGGAAGUAAACGUAGCUGUGAUCAAAUGCCAAGAGAUGAUUAAGGCCGUCACUGAAAAGCGUGAAAGGGUCAACCAGGAGCUUGAUGAAAAGGCUCAGCAGUUGUCUGAGAUGAGACUGCGUCAUAAAUUGAUGAAGAAACAAGAAGAGCAGAUGAAAAAACAAAUUGAGGAUCUGCUUUGCCAGCAGGGCCAUCUCAAGGAACAUCUGGAGAAGAUAAAGAGGGACUUGAAAGGAGAAGAGGAGAAGUUCCUUCAAGAGAUCACAAAGUUCAACAGUGACUUCAGUCUCUGUGGGAAUAGAGAAGCAGGGUUUGACAGCCAGAUCCAUUCUGAAAUGGCUGAUCUGCACGGGAAGGUGGACUCUUUACAGGAAGAGAUGGAGCUCAUGAACCAGAAUAGCAGUCACAUAGAUUUCACGCAGAAGGAUAAAAUAGCCCUCCAGUUUGAGCUACAAGGUCUGCAAAACAUCAGGAAAGAGCUGGACUGCCAACUGCAAGAGGCUGAGAAGGUGACAGAAUCUCUGAGAGCAGAGAGUUUUAGGGCCAGACAGAAACCCCUAACUGACAACACUUGUCUAAGACUGAAGAAGGAGCUUGAAAAGCAUAAUGAAGGCAAACUAGUCCUUCUGCGAGAGGCCCUCCGCUCAGAAAGACAGUUCCUACAUGCCUAG